GUGACGCGCUUCAAGCCCGGAGGUAGCGCUGAGUGAGCGGAGCUGUCGCUGUGUGUAUCUGUCUGAAUUAAACUGCUCAGAUUUUUUUCGACCUGAUCGUUUUUAUUAUGUCAGCCAGAAACCCGGGCAUGGAUCUAGACCUAGAGUGGGUAUCUAAGGUCAGAGUCAACACCCAGGCUGUGCUAAAAAGGGCGCAACAAGUUCAAGGAUGCAAGGUGGCAAAAAAACAGUGGCAGGCCGCCUGGCUCCUGAAAGCCGUGACGUGCAUUGACCUCACAACCCUCUCUGGUGAUGACACACCAUCUAAUGUCCACCGGCUCUGCAUGAAGGCCGUACAGCCUGUCCGCCAUGACCUGCUGAAAAGCAUGGACAUGCACGAUAAAGGCAUUACAACUGCUGCAGUGUGUGUCUACCCAUCUCGUGUUGCUGAUGCAGUAAAGUCUUUGAAAGCGGCCAACUCCAGCAUUCCUGUAGCCUCAGUGGCUACUGGGUUCCCUGCUGGUCAGACUCCGCUGAAGACACGUCUGGAGGAGGUCCGUAUGGCUGUCGAGGAUGGUGCCAUGGAAAUCGACAUUGUUAUUAAUCGGACAUUGGCCCUUACUGGACAGUGGGCAGCCUUGUACGAUGAGGUCCGUCAGUUUCGUGAAGCAUGUGGGCACGCCCAUAUGAAGACCAUUCUGGCAGUGGGAGAGCUGGGCACAUUCACCAAUGUCUACAAGGCCAGUCUGGUGUCCAUGAUGGCAGGAUCCGACUUCAUCAAAACUUCAACCGGCAAAGAGUCUGUCAAUGCCACCUAUCCUGUUGCCAUAGUGAUGGUGCGGGCGAUCCGUGACUACUACUUGAGGACCGGCCAGAAGGUGGGUUUUAAGCCAGCAGGGGGGAUUCGGACAGCACAGGAGGCUGUGGUGUGGCUGGCCCUGAUGAAGGAAGAGUUGGGCAACGAGUGGCUGAGUCCUCACCUCUUCCGCCUGGGAGCCAGCAGCCUGCUCGCCGACAUCGAACGGCAGAUUUACCACUACGUGACUGGACGCUAUGCAGCCUAUCAUGAGCUCCCAAUGGCCUGAGUGCCGAAAGUAACUUGGAGAGAUCCAGGAUCUGUUCAAAUUAGCCAGUCACAGGAAAGAGAAAAGCCUGGGUGAAAGUUUGGUUUCCUGAUGCUGAAAUUGUCACUGACUUUAACACUGGACUGCUGCCGCUUGCAAACAUGCAGCUAAUUCAUAGGUCAGAACCUACACUGUUAGUGCCUUGAUUUUGUAAGCAUGAUCACCUAUUUCAUUGAAAAGUAAAGUAAUAUAAAUGAAGGGUAUUAUAUGAAGUUCGAAUUAUUGUUCUAGUAUACUAAUGUCAAUCUUUUGUUUUAUCUACAUUCAGUGACCAACGUUGUUAAAUUAAGCUUAAUUGUAUAACGUAUAUUGUACUCUACUGUUGUGUCUAAGCUACUUAGAUGGUGCAAGAAAACAAAACUAUAAAUUUCAAUUAAAUUGGAAUAUUUCCCACCUAAA